CAGAUAGCACCACUGGCGCCGCCUGGCUCGGAAGAACACGUUGUCGGGUUGUUUUCGGCUUUUUCAUGUUGGAUUUUUCGUGAUUUUCCGGACUAUUUAGCAUCAGAUCACCAUGGCUAAGUUUGAUCUUACUCACAAAUUAGGGCAGUAUUUAGACAGGCACCUGGUUUUCCCUCUGCUCGAGUUCCUGUCCGCAAAACAGAUCUACGAUGAAACGGAGCUUCUGCAGGGAAAACUCGAUAUUCUUAGCAAAACCAAUAUGUUGGAUUACGCGAUAGACAUUAGAAAGCAGCUGCAUCCGAACGCAGAAGUUCCAGAGGACCUUAAAGUCAAGAGAGCACAAGUUGUCGCAGAAUUGACCGAGCUGCAGAACGAGGUUGAACUUGUCUACAAGCUUAUGCAGAACGAGGAGGUCAUGCAGACCAUGGAGACGAUGAGAGAUCCCAAAGUUCUUCUAAGCCACCUCACCAAGGAAUAUGAUUUCAAAAUUGACAUGAUGGACAACUUGGUCAAGUUCGCAAAAUACAGGUACGAGUGCGGCAACUAUUCUGUGUCCACAAGCUACCUGUACUUCUAUAUGCUCAUCAUGCCCCCCACAGACAAGAAUUAUCUAAAUGUUCUUUGGGGAAAACUGGCUUCGGAAAUCUUGGUGCAGAACUGGGACACUGCCUUGGACGACUUGAACAAACUGCGAGAGUUCAUCGACUCCAACGCUUUUGCCAACCCCCUGCAAGUUCUGCAGCAGAGGACGUGGCUCAUUCACUGGAGUCUGUUUGUCUUCUUCAACCACGCAAAGGGCAGGGACCACAUCAUUGAGAUGUUCUUGUACAGACCAAACUACUUGAAUGCCAUCCAGACAAUGUGUCCGCACAUUCUGAGAUACCUGGCCACUGCCGUCGUCAUUAACCGAUCUAGACGGAACGCUCUCAAUGCCCUUAAGGAUCUUGUCAAGGUCAUCCAGCAGGAAUCUUACACAUACAAGGACCCAAUCACAGAGUUCUUGGAACACUUGUACGUCAAUUUCGAUUUUGACGGGGCAAGGCAGAAGCUGAACGAGUGCCAGGAAGUUUUGUACAAUGACUUCUUCCUCAUCGCAUGUCUAGACGAGUUUGUUGAAAAUGCGCGUCUCAUGAUCUUCGAAACAUUCUGCCGCAUUCAUCAGUGCAUUACUAUCGGUAUGCUUGCUGAGAAGUUGAACAUGAACCCUGAGGAGGCCGAGUGCUGGAUCGUCAAUUUGAUUCGUAACGCACGACUAGAUGCAAAAAUCGACUCGAAAAUGGGUCAUGUCGUGAUGGGAGCCCAGCCUGUGUCCCCCUACCAGGUUUUGUUGGAACGCGUCGACACUUUGUCUGUGAGAUCGGAGGCUCUGCAAAACCUUAUCGAGCGUAAGGUGAAGGCAAAAUCACAGGAUAACCGCUGGAACAAUAACGAUUUCUGAAAGUAAGCUGACAGUGACACCUUGAGCCGACUGUAAACUUUUUACAUCUACGAAAUAAAUACUGAGUUGGAACACAA